UCAUGAAAUUUGUUCGUAAGAGCCCAUUGCCUAAUGGCCCUCAACUCUCAAACUGACAAGUGCGACUUGGAAAAGACAGUAAGAUAUAAGAAGUUGUAUCCACCACACCUUUCAGAAUGGUGCUCUUCCCUUGGUACCUAUCCUAAUGUUUUAUCAAAAUCUGGUGGUCAUCCUUUUGUGUCAAACGAUGACUACUUCAUUGGCGACGUCUCUUUUCCAAACUCUGAUACUCUUAAAAUCAGAGAAUUAUAUCUUCGUGCUGGACCGCGAGAGACUUGCGUGUUUCAUCCACAAAAUGUCAAGGCUGCCGUUGUUACUUGCGGUGGUUUAGCUCCUGGAAUGAACUCUGCAAUCGCACAGUUAACAAAUACUUUAGUUGGAAGUUAUGGGUUGAAACAAAUUUUGGGUGUUAGAUAUGGUUUCCGUGGCUUCCUUGAACCGUCUCUAUCGUUGUUCCCGCUUAACCCAGACACUGUUAACGAUAUAUCUUUGAAAGGAGGUAGUAUUCUUGGUAGUUCAAGAGAAGUACCCAGAGCAGAAGCAAUUGUAGACGCUAUAUCCGACAACGGCUUUAACCAAGUUUAUAUUAUUGGAGGUGGUCCAAUCGAUGGAACUCUGAAAGCAUCACAACAAAUAUUCGAAGAAGUAAAGAGAAGAAAAAUGAAAUGUGCUGUAGCGGUAAUACCUAAAACUAUCGACAACGAUAUUAUGCGAAUUCAGCGUUCCUUUGGUUUUGAAACUUCCAUCGAAGCAGCAGCGCAAGCCUUACGUAGUAUCCAUUGUGAAGCUUCAUGUUCCUAUCAUGCUGUAGCUGUAAUACAAGUUCCGGGAAGAAAUAGUGGUUUCUUUGCAGUGGAAACUGCGCUGGCUUCGCGUUUGGUUGAUGCUUGCCUUAUUCCGGAAUUUUCUUUCAAGUUGAAUUCGUUUUUAAAUCAUAUCUACGAACGUGUAAAGGCCAAGGGAUUUGCUAUGAUUUUGGUUGCUGAUGGAGCUGGUCAUGAAUAUGUAACAGCGAAUGGAAAGGGUUAUGCAAAUUUUUGUCCUGUUCUUAUGGACGAAAUUAGAAAAUAUUUUGACGAACGAAUGGCUGAAGCAAACAUUUUAUUUCAUGAUGUUAGUUUUAUUGCACGCACAGUUCCUUCGAAUGCUGCAGAUAAUCUGCAUGCUUCCAUUCUUGGUUCCUAUGCAGCGCAUGGUUGCUUUGCAGGUUUCUCUGGUUUUGCGACUAGUAUGAUUAAUGAUAUGGUUGCAUAUAUUCCACUGUCGGAACUUGCUGGUAGGACGAAGACUGUUCCUCCACAGAUGUGGAGUGAAGUAGUUUCUAUGACAGGACAAGAUUUCUGACUCUUGUAGCAAAUAACUGCCUCUCUCGUAAAUAAGAGCUGUUUUUUAAUAGUUUUCGAAUAGUGAGACAACGAUAGGAAAGUUCACUGAUCAUAGUUGUGUUGUCUUAGUUCUGUGUUGUUGUAUAAUCCUGAUUUUGGGUUUUUCUCUUUCUUGCUCAAACCUUUUGUUUUCCAUUAUAUUUUUUUGAAUAUCAAUAGUUUUUUGUUUUAUUGCUGGACGUGUGAUUGUUUUUCAAUA